GCACAGUGCAUCACACGCACCCUCGACAAGUACCAGCGUCUCCUCUUCUGGCUUCGUUCGCUUUCCCUCCUACAACCACAGCUCUUACGCACCGUCUCGUUUCAUAUCACCACUGCCCAAACCCAUCAUCACCGUUCCGUAAACCGCCAUCGCCUGCAGCUCCCAGCCUCGUCGUCGCGAUCAACGUCCACCAUCUCUCAUUUGCCCUUUGGUUUGCUUGAGAAAACCAAAAGGCAUCGCCCAGCCGUUGAUCCAUCUUCGCAUUUCCCCACGUUUUGCUCCGCCAUCUAGCACCGUCGUUGAGCCUUUGUCUAGUUUUGUAGACAAGGGCCGACGAUAGCAUCAACUCUUCCCCAGCAUGGCUUCCGGCGGCGACGAGGCAGCUGCAGCCUCUAAAAGACCCUGGUCGUUUCUCGAUCUACCCAUCGAGACGCAGCACGACAUCUUCUCUCACUGCUCCCAAAGCGAUCUCGUCUGCCUUGCCGUUGUCUCCAAGCAUUUCCACGAAGUCGCCGCCAGCAAGCUCUAUCGCAACUUUCAUAUCGUUUUCCCGGACGAUGACGAGGUCGAUUUCGACUCCCCCAUAGAUGGCCUCGCUGGUGGCCUCGAUACUUUUACAACCAGCGAGUACAACUACGCCAAGCACCUUCGCGACCUAUCCAUGGACACGCUUAGUCCUGGCCGCAAAGGCGAGCAAUCAUACCAGCCGUAUCUAUACAGCGCCACGUGCGGAAAGUUCUUCAACACUCUCCUCUACUUGACGCUGAAGAAGGCUCGUGCGCUCGAAGUAUUCACUUGGAAUGUCCGAAUCGAACUCACCCGCCCAGUCUAUCGCGAGCUACACAAUAUCCCUACCAUCAAAAGGGUCCAUAUUCGCUUACAAGCAGGCGAGUCGUACUACGCUCCGCUUCCACCACUUCCCAUCAGCAUGAGCCCGCACCCUGCACCGCCUGUGAUGAGUGGACAUUGGCACGCGCACUCUGAUGGUUCGCCGUCUCACUAUGGUCACGGGCCUCUGUACUCGCUCUACCAUUCGUCUACCUCUGCCCAUCCUCCAUCAAAGCCGUUCAGCAGAAGCAAGAGUCUUAAAAAGGCAGUGCCACUUGGCCCGGCGACGUUUUCCGGCUUCAAGAAUCUGCAGAGCUUGACCGUACUGGAUAUCGAUACACUCGAUCUGGUCUCGGAGCUUCAGACUUGCGUCCAAAAGUCGUAUUCUACGUUGACAGAGCUCCAACUGUCUUUCUCCGAUGCUCUAGCAACAAAGUCCCGUAGACCAUUGAUGGACUCAGACUCUGAAGAGUCCGACUUGGAUGAAUUCCCACAUAACAAUUCGCACAACUACGAGUCCACCAGACCCGCCAAGGUGUAUCGAGCAAACGAAGAAAAGAAGCUACAGGAUGUAUUCUUGGCCCGAGUAUUUGAUGUUGACCCUGGUCUGGUAAAGAAGCCUCAAAUACAGCCGCACCCUGUUGCGCAGCCAGAACAAUCGAACAAUGGUGAAGAAUCCCAGCAAAAGCCUGAUGAUACUGAGGCCCAACAAUUCAUCGACUCAUGGAAAGCAGCCACUGAAAGAAUGAUGACAACUGUUAACGGUUGUCGUGAUUUUUCUGCUCAACAGCGCGCUACGCUAGACAUCAUCGAACAGGCUGCGCGCAAAUACGUUGGUGUUGGGGCCCAACCCAGCAGUGACGACGAGGAAGCACUUCCUCCAUGGCGUUCUCAGCGUUCUCUCGCCGGUAGCAGCCAAGAGGAGGUUACACUGAAAAACACCGUGUAUACCCCUAGGUUUGAUUGGGCCACGAUGCCUCGAUCAGUCGCGCCACUGCCACAUCGACCUGCCCAGCCGGUGCACGACGAGGGUGAACCGACCAAAUUCUGUGACAUGUCAAACUCACCAGACGAAGCGUCUGAGGAAGAGGUGGGCGACAUGAAGCAGCAAGUAGACGAUUACAUCCGGACGACGCGGGGUAUAUCCCUAGAGGUCCUAUCGCUUCAUCUUGUUCCUGUUCGACCUGCCGUACUGUCCAGAGCAAUCAACCUAAACGCAUUAAGAAGCCUCACGCUCUUGAAUGUCGGGCCUCAAAGCCCAAUCUGGAAUCUCCUUAGCAAGGAAAAUGAGGUACAACCUCUGGCCUUGCGGAGCGUUUUCACGGACAAUGCCUCGUUUGCCUUUUUGUCUUGCAUGUCGCAGCUAGAGGAGCUUCAUGAUUUGUUUAUGCUACAGCGAAGCGUCGAUCAUAAGCCCGAGAGUUUUGCCACUAGAGCAGCAACAAGCAUCGAUCAAAUCCGACGACUUGUCCUGAAGAAGCAUAUCAAGACGUUGAAACGCCUGAUGAUUAAAGACGAAUCCAAAGAGGCAAACUGGGACGCCAAUGAGAAGACCAUGAUAUUGCUGUGCAAUCAAGGUAUGAUGCUGGAGGAGCUCGCUCUUAGCAUGAAUAUUCAUGCAGUUCAUGCAUUUAUGCAGUAUUUUGCCGGACUAGUGAAUCUAAGAGCCAUCAACAUCUUGCACUUCAAGAACAGCAACACUUGUCCAUGGGUGGUGCGGGAGAUGCUUCAAUUUAUUGUUGACAAUCUAUCCCACCAACCCGAGAUGAAACUUGAAUGGAUUGCAAUGGAAGAUGACAGAGUCAACCGCGUCAUCCGCCCGUCUGAAGCUAACGACACAGAGGGCUCUGAGGCGGGUAGCCGACCGAAAUCGGCCCAGUCUGCCGGCAAGGCACGAGCAAUCGAUGUGCCUCAGAAGACAUAUCCUGACGCGCCCUUGGACCAGGAUCGAUACGGGAGUGAAACCGAAGAUGAGGAUGAUGUCUUGGAUGGCGGACGCCGACUCCGCUUCCAGACUGAAGGACCCCUCCAGUUCUACGACGUGUGGGGGGUGAAGAUUUUCGAAAAGGAAAUCCGCAGUGGGCGACUAUAGAGCAGCAUGAGUAACAUCGUGCUUAAAGGUUCUUGGUGUUUGUCGACUAAAACAGUCAGCAGGCUCUGACUGCAUUGGCUUGUUUAUUUGGCUAUGGUUUGGAUGGUGUUGGUGUUUUUGCUGGUGCAAGGUGAGCCGGCAUUGGUGCUAUUCUAGGGAAAUUUUCAAUUUGCGUCUUUUUGUUUUCUGUCCGUCAUUUUGAAUUUGGAAAUAUGUAUUAGUGUGUAGCGAAUAUGAUAACGAUAGCCAAACAAAACAAAACAAGCACAGUUUCGAUAUUUAACAAUUCAAUUCACC